AUGUGUGUUGAUUCGAGCUCUACGUCAGCUUACAUUGGUCAUGGAGGAAAUCCUAACAAUACAUGGUAUAGUGUUUCAGCUUGUGAUCAAAAGUUGUCACAAGGAAACUUGGCCCUCAAAAAUAGCAUGCAUGCUAAAUGUCCGGUGCGAGUUAUACUAAAGGUUAGGGAAAAAUCUGAUGGAGUGGAGUAUUGCAGUAGCCGCAGGUCUCAUUGCUUAUUUGUUUACGAUGGCCUGUAUUUAGUCACUAAUAUGACACAUGAAAAAGGGACACACAGAAAUUUUGUGUUCAAGUUUACACUGAAUAGAAUUUUAGAGCAACCUCAAUCUUGUGUUGCCCUGAAGGAUGAUGUUACUGGCAAUGCUGACAACUCAAAGAACUUUGAAAGUUUUACUUCAAGGAAGAGACACAAAUCUGGAGGUAGUGCAGUUCAGAAGAAUGUUAUUCGAGUUAGUGAUAUUUCCAAUGGAAAAGAAAAGUUUCCUGUUCGGGUAGUUACAUCAGUGACCUGUGUUCAACUACCCCCAACUUUCCAUUAUAUAGUUCAAAAUAUUUAUUUAAACAAGUUCAAGCAGACAAUUCUUCAGGGCUGUGAUUGUGGAGAUGCAUGUGUGAACAGUGAGAAAUGUCCUUGUAUUGCUAAGAAUGGUGGGAGAAUGCCAUAUGACAGUAAAAGAACACUUGUUUCUCCUAUGGAUUCAUCGCUUAUAUAUGAGUGUGGUCCUUCUUGCAAGUGCUUCUCAUCUAAUCACAGUGUAAGCAAAACUACCAAAAUUUUAGUAAGUUUAUCAACACUAUUAAUGUUUGACCCUUGA